UUUCCCCCAAAAGAAAGCACUCAGGCCUGAUGCACAGCACAUGAAAUAAGCUAAACCACCCCCUUUUUCUGAGGUCUCUCCUUUCACAUCAAAAUCUCCACACCUCAAGAACCCUAGAAACCCAAAAUCUAAGGAACAAUCGAUUUCAAUCAUGGCCACAUUUUCAUUUCCUAGUUUCUCUUCAACCGUUUUCCCUUUAGUCUUGUGGUUCCUAGCGCUAUCUGCGAAACCCAUUUCCGCUUUCUCGUUCCAAGAUUUCCAAAAGACCAGCGUCGAUUCAGAAAUCGCCCUUUACGGUGACGCCCGGAUCAGCAAUGACGGUUCAUCGGUCACUCUCACGCCUCCAUUGGCCUCAAGUUUUGGCCUUCUGGCCUACAACAGGGGCUUCAGGCUUCUUGAAGCGACGUCGUUUUCUACGGACUUCUCGUUCUCGAUCUCGCCCGACAACGGCGAUGGCCUCGCGCUCGUUGUGUUGCCUAAUGAUUUCGCCUCGAAGUUGGACUCGAGUGUGUUUGGGCUUUCUAGGAAAAUUCGGUUUCUGGGUGUUGAAUUUGACACUUCAAUGGACGAAAAUGUAGGUGACCCAAAUGGGAAUCAUGUGGGAAUUGAUGUGGGUAGCCUCAUCUCUGCGAGUGUUAGGAAUCUUUCUUCAGCAAAUUUGCUUCUGAACAGUGGGGUGAAAUUGAGGUCGUGGAUCGACUACAAUGCGAAUUCAAAGAGAUUAAAAGUUUGGCUGGGUAAAUUAGGGAGUUCCAGGCCGAAUGAUCCCAUCCUCUCGUAUCCCAUCGAUUUGUCGAAAAUGUGGAAGGGGGAAGAGGUGUUUGUGGGCAUAAGCGCAUCCAGUGGUAAUUCAUCACAGACAAGCAGUGUCUACUCAUGGAGCUUCCGGUUAAGGAGUGUUCCAAACUGGUUGCAUUCUCAGCCUGUUGAUCCGAGGCGUGAACGUGGCGAGCCUCUUAGGAUGCAGAAGAGUAGUGUUUGUCCUUUGACAGUUCUCGCCGGAGUGAUUUUUUCCACUGGGUGUUUAGCAUUGAUGGCAUUUGUUUUGCUGUUUGUCUGGGCAAUCUUUGUUGCGAGGCACACAACGGUAGCAGCAGCCGCAACAGAAGAAGAGUAUCCCAAAUUCCCUGUGGAUUUCAGGUAUCAAAAGAUCGAUGUUGUAGACACCAAGGAUGUCAAGUAAUGUUUGUGAAUCUGUGUCGGUAGCCCUGAACAUUGUAGUUUAUGUUGUUCUCUGAUGAAUGAGGGCGACUUUCUUGGGGUUUUAAUUGUGAUCUUGAAACUGUGUUUCUGAAUCUAAAAUCCUUGCCAUGUAUAACUCUUUCUAAGCUAUGACAAGCUGACAAUCUAACACUUAAAAACACUUGGUUGAUUCCUCUA